AUGGCCAACCAAGAACAUGAUCUCCCUCUCUAUGAAAAAGUUUGGCUCAAUCACCCAUUUCAAAGAGUAAUGGACAGCUUCAUUCUACUCCUCCUUCUCUUGCUUCUUAGUUACCGUGUUUUCUCAUCCAACAACUUCACCAUCCCAUGGUUCCUUGCUUUCAUAUGCGAAUCUUGGUUCACCUUCACUUGGAUUGUGAUUCUCAACUCCAAGUGGAGUCCUGCAGUGACCAUAACCCACCUAGAUCGUCUCUUGCUAAGGGUACCUGAACUUCCACGAGUAGAUUUGUUUGUGACAACAGCAGACCCUGUGCUUGAACCACCCAUCAUCACAGCCAACACUGUGUUGUCUCUUCUAGCACUUGAUUAUCCUACUAACAAGCUAGCUUGCUAUGUUUCUGAUGAUGGUUGUUCCCCUUUUACCUUCUAUGCCCUUCUUCAAGCCUCCAAAUUUGCUAUGUUUUGGGUACCUUUCUGUAAGAAGUACAAAAUACAAAUAAGAGCACCCUUCAGAUACUUCUCCAAUGUUGCCACUACCAAGAGUGAACACUCACUAGAAUUCAAGCAAGAAUGGUCACGAAUGAAGGAUAUGUAUGACAAUCUUAGCCGAAAAAUUCAACACGUGACCAGUAAACAAAUUCCACUGCAACUUGAUGGAGAAUUCGCAGUUUUCUCUAAUACAGAGCAAAGAAUUCAUCCAACCAUAAUUAAGGUUAUAUUGGAGAAUAAGGAUGGUAUUUCUGAUGGAUUGCCUCACUUAAUAUACGUAUCUAGAGAGAAGAAGCAACACCAAACACAUAAUUACAAAGCUGGAGCUAUGAAUGUGUUGACAAGAGUCUCUGGAUUGAUGACCAAUGCCCCCUUUAUGUUGAACUUGGACUGUGACAUGUUCGUGAACAAUCCCACGAUUGUCCAGCAUGGUAUGUGCAUUUUGAUUGAUUCCAAUAGUGGAAAAGACGUUGCUUUUGUUCAAUGUUUCCAGCAAUUCUACGAUGGAAUAAAAGAUGACCCUUUUGGAAAUCAGUGGGUGACUGCAUUCGAGUACGUAAUACGGGGCAUGGCAGGACUUCAAGGACCUUACUAUGCAGGAACUAACGCAUUCCAUAGAAGAAAUGCUAUUUACGGUCUUUAUCCUGAUGAAAUAAUCGAAAGUGGCAGAAAAGAAGGAAAGUUAGGUGAAAAGAUAUUAAUACAACAAUUUGGAAGUUCAAAGGAGUUUGUAAAAUCAGCAGAUCUUGCUUUUGAUGGGAAAACAUACUCUUCUAAUGAUAUUAGUCCUUCAGAUUCUGUUGAGGCAGCAAUUAAAGUUGCUGAAUGUGAUUAUGAACGUGGUACUUGCUGGGGUAAAAAGAUUGGCUGGUUGUACGGAUCAAUCUCAGAAGAUGUACCAACAGGGCUGAACAUUCACAGAAGAGGUUGGAGAUCAGAGUGUUGUACCCCAGAUCCAAUUGCAUUCUCAGGGUGUGCUCCAAGAGGAUUACUCUCUACAAUGAUCCAACAAAAGAGAUGGGCAUCAGGCCUCACUGUAGUCUUCUUUGGAAAGCAUUCUCCUCUUAUGGGCAUGCUCUUUGGUAAGAUCCAAUUCAGGGCAGGCUUGUCUUAUUUUUGGCUUACCAAUUGGGGCUUGCGUGGUGUAUUUGAAGUUUGUUAUGCUGCCCUACCAACAUAUUGUAUACUUACCAAUACCAAUAUCUUUCCUAAGGGACCUGGUCUAUGGAUUCCAAUUGCUCUUUUGGUGAUUUACAACGUAUACACUCUUUUAGAGUACCUUAAAAUUGGGUUGUCGGUUCGAAAUUGGUGGAAUAAUCAGAGAAUGAGCAUAAUAAGAACCACAACUGCAUGGUUUAUUGGGUUUUUGAGUGCCAUGCUUAAGCUAUCAGGGAUAUCUGACACUGUCUUUGAAAUAACAGAAAAGGAACCCCCAACUUCUGAUGCUGGUGGGAACAAUGAAGAUGCUGGUAGGUUCAUGUUCGACGAGUCCCCAGUUUUUGUUGUUGGCACGACCAUUUUGUUGGUGAAUUUGACAGCCAUGUUGGUAAAGAUUUUGGAGUUGCAGCCAACUCAUGGUGGAGAUGGGUGUGGACUAGGGGAGUUCAUCUCUAGCAUGUAUCUCAUAGUGUGUUACAUUCCAUAUUUGAAAGGGUUGUUUGGCAGAGGAAAAUAUGGGAUUCCCCUGUCCACCAUAUGCAAGUCAGGGAUCUUUGCAUUUCUCUUUGUGCACUUCUGUAGAAAGUAA